UGAUGAAAAGCUUGUGACGUACCUAGGGAAUGCAAUUGAGGUGGAUCCAGAACGUCCUGUAUUGAUUGACAGGUAUUUAUCUGAUCUGAUUGAGAUUGAUGUAGAUGUGCUUGCUGAUUCAUACGGUAAUGUGGUCACUGGGGGAAUAAUGGAGCACAUCAAGCAGGCUGGUGACCAUCCCAUCUUCUUGUUUGGACAUUAUAAGGUUAUGGACUACAAAAUUGAUGAGGAGCCUAGAUGUGUGUGGGCUCAUGAACUGUCAGUUCGCAAUCACAACAUCUGGGGAGGUUUUCUUGCUUGAGGCAAAUCCUUGUGCUUCGCAUACUGUACCAUUUGAGUCUAAGUCAAUUGGGCACCCAUUGGCUAAGUAUGCUGCCCUUGUUAUGUCUGGAAAGUCACUUCAUGAUCUCGGUUUUGUGGAUGAGGUAAUUCCAAAACAUCUGUCAGUUAAAGAAGCUGUCCUUCCAUUUGAGGAGUUCCAAGGAUGUGAUGUGGUGUUAGGUCCUGAAUUGAAAAGCACUGGUGAAGUGAUGGGUAUAGAUUUCAAGUUUGCAACUGCAUUUGCCAAAGCCAGAUCACUGAUGAGCUGAAGCUUCCAAUGUCUGGUAUUGUGUUCCGCAGCCUAAAUGACUUGACAAAGCCCCAUCUUGAAAAGAUUGCAAAGGUCUUCUUAGGUCUAGGAUUCAACAUUGUCUCAACUUCCAGGACAGCCCAGUUUCUUGAACUUAAAGGUAUCCCAGUGGAAUGAGUGUUGAAGAUGCAUGAGGGUUGACCACGUGCGGGUGAUAUGGUUGCUAAUGGGGAGAUCCAGUUGAUGGUAAUCACAAGCUCUGGUGAUGCCCUUUAUUGGAUUGAUGGGAGAGAGAUGAGGAGAAUGGCUCUUGCAUACAAAGUUCCUGUAAUGACAACUGUGGAUGGAGCCUUAGCCACUGCAGAGGGAAUAAGAAGCUUGAAGUCAAGCACAAUUAAUAUGAUUACACUUCAAGACUUCUUUGAUGCUGAGAUAGAAAAAGGGGCUAGGGAAAACUUGCUGUCUGCUUCAUCUCAGUGAAUGUGAAUGGAGUUUGCACUAAAUUUGUUUUUUAUGAUAAUGGAUAGAACGGCAUGAUUUUCAAAUUGAAUUCUGGUAAUGAAGAAAAAAGGUUUUUUUUUUUUAAUAGUAAAUAAAAACAUUUUUUUGGUAUUAAUUUCGUUUUUAUCAUGAUACAAAAAAAUAACAGUGGGCCAUAGUGAAAGGUGGCUUGAUUCGGAAAUUGGUGGACCCAGUAAUUAUGGAACAUUAGAUUAUGGGCAUAAAAGAAACUUUGACCCUGAAAUUCUGCAAAGUACUGUAAAAUGAUGCCACUUUUAACCCAUGAAUGCAAGAAAACUUUCUGUUGCGUAAAAUCUUCAGUUUUUGUUCCAUAUAAUCAAAGUCAUCUUCUUCUUUUUACAAGGAGAAGCAUAACUUUUAUGCUAGAAUGUUCUGUUGAAGUGGGUUCUUUUUGCCUUUUGUUUUUUUUCAAAAGAUUAUUUUUUCUGGUUGGUGAAGUGGGUGCAUCUGCAUACUUUUUUCAUUUUGUCUGGUUUCUCACUUGGUCAAUUGGGUUUGCAAAACCCAGAAAAGAGAAAGAAAUCUGGAAUCUUUACCCACAUACAUAGGCAAUAAUCUCUUGAUCCUCUUUUUGGGUGAGAGAAAGAUUCCCAUACUUUUUUUUUUUUUUGAGGGAGAAAGAUUCCCAUACUUUAGUUGUUGUCAUUGUCAU